AUGGCGGCGCUGAAACCGCUGGCCGAGGAGCUGUCGUGCCCCAUCUGCCUGGAGCCCUUCAAGGUGCCGGUGACCACGCCGUGCGGCCACAACUUCUGCUCACGGUGCCUGGACGAGACGUGGGCCGUCCAGGGCGCCCCGUACAGCUGCCCGCAGUGCCGCGCCGUCUACGCGGCGCGGCCGAAGCUCAACAAGAACACCGUGCUGUGCGCCGUGGUGGAGCAGUUCCUGAGCGCCGAGCUGGCCCAGGCCCAGGCCCAGUGUCCCGACGACGGCUGGACGCCGCCCGGCCGCGCCGCCGCGUUGUCCGCCGCAGCCGACUCGGUGGCCUGCGACCACUGCCUGAAGGCGACCGCCACCAAGACCUGCCUCGUGUGCAUGGCCUCCUUCUGCGCCCAGCACCUGCAGCCGCACCUGGACAACCCGGUCUUCCGGGACCACCCGUUGCAGCCGCCCAUCCCCGACCUGCAGCGCCGCAAGUGCUCGCUGCACAACCGGCUGCGGGACUUCUUCUGCCCGGAGCACAGCGCCUGCAUCUGCCAAAUCUGCCUGGUGGAGCACAUGGCCUGCUCGCCCCUGAAGCUGAGCCAGGCCAGCGCCGACCUGGAGACCAAGCUGAAACAAAAGCUGGCGGUCAUGCAUGGUCACAUCAACGGGGCGAAGAAAGCCAUGGAGGACGUGCGAGCCAGGCAGCAGGACUUGCAGGAGGCAGCGAACAAGAAGGUUGAUGUGCUCCAACAAGAAUACAUGGAAAUGAAGGCGUUCAUUGAUGCCUCAGAGGCCAACUCUACCCGGAAGAUAAAGGAAGAGGAGAAGCGGGUCAGCAACAAGUUGGACAGCAUUUUCCAAAUCCUGUUCAAGAAGAAGCAUGAGAUCCAGACCCUGAAGGAGGAGUUUGAAGCGGCCUUGAGUAAGGGGGACGAGUUUGAGUUUCUGGAGAAAGCCUCCAAACUGCAAGGAAUCUCCACGAAGCCAGUCUACGUGCCCAAGGUCGAGCUGAAUCAGGAGCUGAUCAAGGGCGUCUGUCAGGGCACCGUUGACCUCAAAAACGAGCUAAAGAGGUACAUUAGGCAGCACCAGGAGAAGAAGCCUGAGGAUGUCCCCAGUCCAGGUGACUCCAGAGAGCGUGUCCCGCCCUCCGCCACCAAGAAGAAGCUUCCCAAAGACGAAAAGAAGCCCAAGAAACCCACUGCUGUUCCUGCACCAUCGAGCAAGGUGCCAGAACCAGCCGAUCCCGAGGCCAAAGGCACCGCGCCCCCGCAGAGUGCAUCCCUCAAGGCCAAGGAGCUGGAGGUCUUCUUAGCCAAGUCCAGACCCGAGCUCCUGGAGUACGCGACUAAAGUCAUCUUGGAUUUCAACACCGCCCACAGCAAGGUGGCUCUGACGGAGAACUUCACCAUGGCGUCAGUGGCGGACACCCCCCAGAACUACCGGCCCCAUCCGCAGAGGUUCACCUACUGCUCGCAGGUGCUGGGUCAUCACUGCUACAAGAGGGGGGUCCACUACUGGGAGGUGGAGCUGCAGCGGAACAACUUCUGCGGCGUGGGCAUCUGCUACGGCUGCAUGGAGCGGCAGGGCCCCGAGAGCCGGCUGGGCCGGAACGACACCUCCUGGUGCGUGGAGUGGUUCAACACCAAGAUCUCUGCCUGGCACAACAACACGGAGAAGACCCUGCCCUCCACCAAGGCCACGCGUGUCGGCGUGCUCCUCAACUGUGACGCCGGCUUCGUCAUCUUCUUCGGCGUCACCGACAGGGUCCACCUGCUGUAUAAGUACAGGGCGGACUUCAGCGAAGCGCUCUACCCGGCUUUCUGGGUGUUCUCCUCGGGGGCCACGCUCUCCAUCUGCCCCCUCAAGUAGGCUGGCCGCGAGGCACCCACGGAGACCUGCCCGUGGAGUGCCCAGGGCCUGGGGGGAGAAGGCCGCCCCAGCAGGUGCUCCCUUGGAGAACAUCCCGAGAGUCCCCCAAGGGUUAAAAGAGAGAGAGCGCAGGGGGAGGGGUGUG